UGUACAAGUGCACGAGGGCGCGCGUGUGUUCCUCCUGAGCUCAGAGCAGUGUGUGUGUGUGUUUGUUUUUUUUGUGUGUGUGUGAGUGUUUGCGUGUGUUUGUGUGUGUGUGUGUGUGUGUGUGUGUGUUUGUUUGUUUUUGUGUGUGUGUGUAUGAUGCUGUUCCUCCUGCUCCUCGUGCUGCUGGUCCCCCCGCUGCUCCUCCGGCGGCUCUUCCCGCUCCUCUGGCCGGAUCUGCUGUAUCACACGCGGCUGCUGCGGGCGCUGCUCCGCUUCGAGUCCCGGCGGCGGAGGCGGCCGGUGUUCCUUCCGGUGGACCGGUUCCUGCAGCAGGCGGAGGCGCGCCCGCACAAGCCCUUCAUCCUGUUCGAGGGUCAGACGCUGACCUACAGAGACGCGGACCGGGAGAGCAACCGGAUCGCGAACGCGCUGCAGCGGGAGUGCGGAAUGCGCGCGGGAGACACGGCGGCGCUCUUCAUCACCAACCAGCCCGCCUUCAUCCUCUGCUGGAUCGCGCUCGCUAAACUGGGCUGCGCAUGCGCACUGCUCAACACCAGCAUCCGGGAGAGCAGCCUGAUCAGGAGCUUCCGGUGCUGCAGAGGCGCCAGAGUGCUGAUCGCUUCCGCAGACCUGCAGGCGGCGGUGCAGCAGGUGUGUGUGCAGCUGCAGCAGGAUGGAGUGUGUGUGUUGAUGAUGGCGGAGUGUUCAGGGAUGAAGAGUCUGAGCAGAGCAGCGCAGGAGAGUUCAGACACAGCCGUACCUGCAGCAGUCAGAGCCCACCUGACAUACAACACACCUGCAGUCUACAUCUACACCUCCGGCACCACAGGUCUCCCUAAAGCUGCAGUGAUCACUCAGACGCGUCUCCUGGCCGCUCUCGCUGUGCUGCCGUCGAAUGGCGUCACACACACGGACGUGCUUUACGUGACGCUGCCUCUGUAUCACACCGCAGGCUUCCUCAUCGGCUUCAUGGGCUGCGUGGAGACAGGCUCCUCCAUGGUUCUCCGCCGUAAGUUUUCAGCGUCUCGGUUCUGGGACGAGUGUCGGGCUCACGAGGUCACGGUGGUGCAGUACAUCGGGGAGAUCCUGCGAUACCUCUGUAACACACCACAGAGGGCUGUUGAUAAGCAUCACGCGGUGCGGUUGGCUAUCGGGAACGGCCUGCGCUCGGACGUCUGGAGGGAGUUUCUGCAGCGCUUCGGUCAGAUGGAGGUGCGGGAGUUCUACGCCUCCACCGAGGGGAACAUCGGCUUCGUCAACUACACCGGGAGACUGGGAGCUGUGGGACGGGUCAGCUUCCUGCACAGGAUGGCGGUCCACUACGCCCUCAUUCAGUACGACACUGAGCGAGAAGAACCGGUCAGAGACUCCUCAGGCCACUGUGUGGAGGUGCCUAAAGGACAGACGGGGUUACUGGUGUCCCAGAUCACACACAUGGCUCCAUUCGUGGGUUACGCACACAACGAGCAGCAGACGGAGAGGAAGAGGCUGCGGGAUGUCUUCAGGAGAGGCGACGUGUACUUCAACAGUGGAGAUCUGAUGAAGAUCGAUCAGGACAACUUCAUCUACUUCAUUGAUCGAGUGGGAGACACGUUCAGGUGGAAGGGAGAGAACGUGGCGACCACUGAAGUCUCGGACAUCAUCAGUCUGCUGGACUUUGUGGAGGAGGCCAAUGUUUAUGGUGUUUGUGUUCCAGGUCAUGAGGGACGCAUAGGGAUGGCAGCAGUAAAACUGAAGGACGGAUCAGAGUUUGAGCACAAACAAAUGUUUGAGCAUGUCUGCAGACUCCUGCCCGCUUACGCCAGACCGCGGUUCAUACGCAUCCAGAGCUCAAUGGAGCUGACCAGCACUUUCAAACAGCUGAAGCUGAAGCUAGUGGAGUCCGGGUUCAAUCCCAGCAUGACCUCUGACCCCAUCUACUUCCUGUGCGAGCACGAGCGGACCUACGUCCCCCUGACCCCCAGCAUCUACCAGCAGAUCCUAGCGCACAGCAUCAAACUCUGAUUACUGCCACAUUACUGAUGCUGAUAGAUAAACUCUGUAAGAAAUCAACGUACACACAACGAAAUGUAGACAAUAAAGCAGAUGCAGAGAAAUAAACCUUUAAAUAAAG